ACAGUUUUGAAAACAUUAUUAAAUGUGGCCUCUGCCUUCCUCGCCCUGUUUGAGUCUGUGCUGCAGGUGGAAUCCUGGUGUGGAGCUGAGAAGAAACCUGUCAAACUCAGAGUCAUCAGAUUUUCAUCACAUCAAUUCAACAGAAUUGCAAUGAUGAAGCUGCUGUCAGCCUUCAUCCUCCUCCUGCUUCCUCUGCUGACCUGCUGUGAACCUUCCAUCCUUCCACUGGACUGCAGCGAUGUCUAUAACCAAGACACCAGUCGAACCAGUGGAGUGUACACCAUCUAUCCCAUUGGAGCAACGUCUGCUGUCCUGGUAUACUGUGACAUGGACUCACAAGGACAGUGGACGGUGUUCCAGAGGAGGUUGGACGGCUCGGUGAACUUCUACAGACCCUGGGAUCAGUACAAGACGGGCUUUGGUAACGCUGCUGGAGAGUACUGGCUCGGCUUGGAAAAUGUUUUCUACCUGACGCAGAGAAAAAGGUACGAGCUGAUGGUCAACAUGGAAGAUUUUGAUGGAAACAAAGUGUUUGCUCGUUACUCCUCGUUCUCCAUCGACGGAGAGUCUGACGGCUACAGGCUGAAUGUGUCUGGAUUCACUGAUGGAGGGGCAGCAGACGGACUGAGUUAUCACAACGGACAGAAGUUCACUACGUUUGACAAAGACCAGGACAGCUGGCCAGGAAACUGUGCCAAAAGUUUCCAGGGAGCGUUCUGGUACAACAGCUGUCACCUAGCAAACCCCAAUGGAGCUUAUCGCUGGGGAGCUGACAGCACUUUAUAUGCUGUCGGAGUGGAGUGGGCACUGUGGAAAGGUCAUAACUACUCCCUGAAGACCAUCAGCAUGAAGAUCCGUCCUGUGCAGUAAAUCUGCAGGACAAACACAGCAGAACAUCACAUGUUGGUCUCUCUCUUUUCUCUCCUCUAUUGUGUAAUAAUUUCAAAAUCAGUAGAUGACAUGAAUAUUUCAGAACAGCAGUCAGAGUCUGAUCGAGCAGCUGUGUGGAAAAGCCUCACGAAAUCCAAUGGUUGAUGCAUCCUGAUAUUAAAGGAGAAGCAAUCAGCUGAUGUGCUCUCUGUGCUUCCUCAGUCUUUCUCUACUGCCCUCUAGUGUUUACAGUCAUAACCUACAGCUUCACCUUCUUCAGGGGCAAAAAUACAAAUACUGAGUUUCUAGAGUUACUUAAUAAAUAUAUUCAGUGAUAAA